AUGACUGGCCUCACUCGCCUUCUCUCCCGGCCAGUCAACAAACCCUACCGGACAAGAGACCUCGACCAUACGGAGCCGCCGUUCCUCGACGAUGCCGGUUUCCUCGCCUUCAAGCCCGAUGAUAUCGAAAACCCCCAAAACUGGUCCACGCCGCGGCGCAUCACCGUCACCAUAAGCGCCGUCAUACUCGUCAUGAACGCUACCUUUGCGUCGAGCGCCCCCAGCGGAUGUAUCCCCUCCAUCGCCAAAGACUUUGGCAUCUCAACAGAGGCGGCUGCCCUCACAGUCACCCUCUUUCUCCUGGGGUACUGCGCCGGCCCGCUCCUCUUCGCCCCGUUGAGCGAGCUGUACGGUCGACGAUGGAUCUUUUAUAUCUCCUUCACCAUGUACAUUGCCUUCAACUUCCUGUGCGCCUUCGCCCCCAACUUUGGCAGCCUCCUCGUCGGUCGAUUCCUCACGGGGACCCUCGUCUCGGCGCCCCUGAGCAACGCGCCGGGCGUGCUGGCCGACAUCUGGAGCCCCCUCGAGCGCGCAAAUGCCAUGGCGCUCUUCUCGACCAUGGUAUGGAUCGGCCCCGCGCUGGGCCCCGUCGUCGCUGGCUUCCUGGAGCUCAAGAAGGACUGGCACUGGGCGUUUUACGUGCUCAUCUGGUUAGGCGCCGGAACAUGGCUGAUCAUGCUGACCAUUCCCGAGACUCACGCGCCCACUAUCCUUCUUCACAAGGCGAAGCGAGCCCGCAAGGCCAAGAUUCCCGGGUACGAAAACGUAAAGGCGCCAGCCGAGAAGCAGGAUCGGUCCAUCACGAGCGUCUUUGGCGUUGCGCUGACGAGGCCCUGGGUCAUUCUCUUUGACCCCAUCUCGUUGCUGUGCGCCAUCUACCUGGCUGUUAUAUAUACUCUUUUGUACAUGUUAUUCUCCAUCUAUCCGAUUGUCUUCCAGGAGAGGCGUGGAUGGAACUCUGGCGUAGGAGAGCUGCCGCUCAUCGGGACGGUUGUCGGCGCCAUUCUUGGCGGCAGUAUCGUCCUCUUUGAUACCAGGCGCCGCAGCAAGAAGAUUGAACGGGGUGAGAUCAAGGCCGACGACAUGGAACCCGAGGAUCGUCUGCCCCUGGCCAUGGUCGGCGGUAUUGGGUUCGCAGCAGCCAUGUUCUGGUUCUCCUGGACAGCUGAAUUCAACUCCGUACACUGGAUUGUGCCGACCAUUGCGGGCGGCCUGCUCUCCACCUUUAUGCUGCUCAUCUUCGUCGCAUACCUCAACUACCUCGUCGACGUGUAUCUCAUGUACGCUGCGUCCGCCAUCGCCGCCAAUACAAUUGCCAGAUCGGCCUCGGGGGCCGCCGCUCCACUUUAUACGUCGCAGAUGUUUCAUGCGCUCGGUAUUGGCGGCGGCGGCAGCCUUGUGGCCGGCGUUGCGACUCUUCUCGCCGUUGUCCCGUUCGUCUUCUACAAGUACGGCAAGCCGAUUCGCAUUCGGAGCAAGUUUGCGCCGACCAACACCAAGGAAAAGAAUCGCGUCGAGGACGAAGAGGCUAAUGCGACGGACUUUGCUAUCCAGAGCUCGUCAGAGGUUGAUAGCUCUACGGACGUAGACUCGUCCCACACAUCACCGGUUGCGAAUGAGAAGACGGAAGAGCGGGAUGUGUCUUCUGGAGGACAAGUCUUGGCUCCGAAUGAGCGAAAGGGGUCUCGCCCAUGA